AUGAGGUCUUUGUGUGAAGGCAAUGGAAGGAAGAGAAGCAGAGAAGAAGACAACUCAGAGAUGGUGGAAGCUUUGGUGAAACUUCUAAAGCCUGACAAUGAGUGGAAUAUGAAGAUCCCGUCUGGUGUUUUGGAGGAAAAGACAGAGAGAAUGAGCUCGGCGGAGAAAACUUAUGAAGAGCUGGGAAUGAUUGAGGAGGGUGUGGCGGAGGGUGAUGGCGAGAGGGAGGAGACUGAUGGUGGAGAUCUUAACGGUAUGGUCGGUAAGAAUAAGAACUGGGUGGAGGCUUUAAUGGUGUGGGAUGAGUGGCCAGAGGCCGGAGAAAUUGCCGGCGGUUUGGGGUCGAAGAACUGGGUGGAGAAUGCAGCGGUUCGGGAUGAGUGGUACGGUAACGGAGAGUUUGACGGUGUUGGAUCGGAUAAUUUGCCGGGAAGUUGUAUGAGUUGGGAAGACUGGCCUUGUCCUUGGAGUUCUGAGCAUGAGGACAUGGUUUUCGAUUGGGUUUGGCAUCCAUACUUCUGUGAAGAGCGUAUGAGUUUUGGAGGCGAAGAGGCUCCAUGGGAAUAUGAUUUGUGGAACUAG